AUGACUCAUCCCCCCAGCCCGUCAUCCCCGGUACCGUAACACCAGCAAACCACAGAGCUCUUCCUCCGGCCGCGCCGAUGAGCCGCCCGGCCUUCGCCUCCUGAGCCGGACCCCUCCUAAAAUCAAAGACGACCACGUCCCCCCCCCAUGGAGGACAACCAAGCCCAGCGACAAGAACCCCAAGACCCCGCCGCCGCCAAGCCGGCGGAGGCUCCGGUCCCGGAGGAUGGCUCCGAGCAGGAGAAGCCGGCGGAAGAAGCGACAACCGGCGGCGAGAAGGAGGAGGAGGAGGCUUUCCUCGUCAGCCUCUACAAGUUCAUGAAGGACCGACACACGCCCAUCGAGAGGAUCCCCCACCUCGGCUUCAAGCAGAUUAACCUCUGGAAGAUCUACAAAGCCGUGGAGAAACUGGGAGCCUACGAGCUGGUAAGCAACGGCCCCUGGGUGCCGGGGUGUCCCCUGGGUGCCGGGGUGUCCCCUGGGUGCCGGGGGGGGGCUAACCCAUCCCUCCCGCCACAGGUGACGGGGCGACGGCUCUGGAAGAACGUCUACGAUGAGCUGGGGGGCAGCCCCGGCAGCACCAGCGCGGCCACCUGCACCCGGCGGCACUACGAGAGGCUGGUCCUCCCGUACGUGCGGCAUCUCAAGGGGGAGGACGACAAGCCUCUGCCCCCCAGCAAGCCCCGCAAGCAGUACAAGGUCUCCAAGGGUGCCGAGACGGGCGAGAAGAGCAAGAGGGCCAAGAAGGAGAAGGGCCGGGAGCAGAUGCUUCCAGACAAGGCGAAGCCGGAGGCAGCAGCCGGCCCAGAGGAUGCGCGGGACGCCCCGGAGCGGGGCCAGGGGGCGGAGGGAUGCUCCAGUCCGGUGGUCCCGGCCCCGAGCCCCUCAGGGGCAUGUCCCAGCUCCUGCAGGACCCACACUGAAACCUACAAGCGCCUUUUCUCCAGUUUCUACUCCAAAGGCAACCACCCCAUCAUGUCUCCCCUGGCCAAGAAGAAGCUGCUGGCCCAGGUGAGCAAGGCAGAGUCCUUGCACUGCCACAAACGCCACUGCCCCGAGGGCCGGCGGCCGGCGAGCAAUGCUGGCCCCGGCCCCAGCCCCGAGCUCCCCCGGCCGGCCACUGGCCCCCGCCUCGAUGAGCAGAGGAGCCCGGAGCCACCGGGGGCGGCUGAGGAUACAGCUCCAAGCGUCGGGAGUGAGGUGGGACCCACCCCCAGCGCAUCCCCCAGCGGGAGAGACAGCCAGCCCUGCCCGCGGGCUGAGGAGGGGGGCCUGGCGCCCACCACCACCUUCACCGGCUGCUUCCACGCCUACCGCAACGAGGUGCUGAAGCCCAUCAGCUGCCAUCCCCUCUGGGGGUGUUUCUCCAACUUGAAGGAUUUUUUGGAGCCACCUUCCACCUUCCCAUCGCGAUCCGAGGAGCCAGAGCAGCCCCAAGACCUGCGGAGCAAAGCGGGGCAGUCGUGGAGCAGGGAGAGCCGGCGAGCGGCCACCUGCGCCGCCGUCAAAGCCUGCUGGGUGCCCCCUGGAGCCGGCUUCGCCCCCGCCGCGCCCCGGGGCAAGCGCAGCCGGGAGGAGGAAGCAGCUUUUGGCCCCAGGGGGAAGUUACGUGCCCUCUCCCCCUUCGUCAAGGAGGCGGACGGCAGGGACACGGGCGCCGGCUCGCCCAGGGGCCAGCAAGGGCUGGCUAAACCCAAGGCCGUGGUGGCCAGCCCUGGCUAUGCUGCGCCGCUGCCGCAAGCCCCGGACGUUUACAAGGGAGCGAUGCUGCAUUUCCCGGCGAGCUUCAGCAACCCGCUGGAGCACCUCAAAACCCAGGGGGUGCCGGUGGCACCGUCCCUCUCCGUCAACCCCUUCAUCAUCCCCGCAUUCCCCAGCCCUUUGGUAGCCGCCUCCACGCAGCCCUCCGACCUGUGCCGGCCGCUGGCGACUGGCCCCGGGCACUACCCGGCCUCCUACGAGAGCUCGCUGCGGCACCAGCUCUACCCGGCGGCGACGUGGCACAGCCAGCCUGCCUACGCCUCCCCACACGUGCCUGCCUUUCACCACCACACCAAGCUGUAGCGCUUCCAUCCUGCUCCGGAUCAGCCUCGCUCCCCGCGGAGGAAGGAGCCGGCUGGGAGGCCGCGCUGAGCCGGGCAGCGAGGCGCGUGCGGAAGCCGCUCGCCGCUGCAGAGCCUGCGGCCACAGGACUGGGAGGAGACGAUGUGGACUGUGUCAUUUUUACUCUUGAUUUUAGAGCUGUUUGUAUCUGACAUCGUUAUGCCGGUGGCUUAACUACCAGUAUCACAAGGUUAUAUAUAUUAUAUAUAUAUAUAUACAUACACACAUAAAAGAAAAAAGGGGGGGGGGAUCAAAAUGAGUUGCAGAGGUUUCUGUUUUGCGAGCGAUACCGUGCCCUGGCGCGGUUUCACACGAUGUGGCAAGAGGCUGAGCCGCGUGAUGGUUGUUCCCGUCCCGCCGUGCCAGGGACGCUCGGCCACGCCCUGGUUCAGAGCCCCCGGCCGCCUCACACCACGCGAUGCAUUUUGGUUUUUCAUUACGUUGCCUCCAUCCAGGGCUCCGCAGGGUUUUCUGGGGGCUUUUUUUAGGGGUUUGGGACUGCGGCGAGUGGCCACGGCGUUGGGUGGCUGCCUGGAAAGCGCUCCGGCCGCUCCGCUCGCUGCUGCUGCGCCCCGCGAACAGCCGCAGCGGCCGAGCUGGUUGCAGAGGCAGCGCCUAAAAUAAAACUGGCCGGAUGGUCCCAACCUG